CAAAGAGCUGCAGGGAGAAGCUGCCAGAGGAGAGUCGCGCAGUGUCUUUGUAGCCGCUGCUGACGCUGGACAGAUCGAGGUGUUGCAGUUUUUCUUGGCACGCGAGGAUCUUGAUGUAAAUGCUGUGGAUGAUUGGUUUUACGGACAGACCGCACUGCACCGUGCUUGCGUAAAUGGACAUAUGAACGUCGUGCAGCUGCUGUUAGAUCAAAAGGGACUGGAUGUAAAUGCGCUAUAUGUUGAGCAGCAGGGUGAAGAGCAGCAUGUUGAUGAGUCAUCCAAAAUUGGUGUCGAAGAAGGAGCUCGCCAAGGUGCGCAAUCGGAUAAAGUUGACGAGGGUUGUUGCAAGGUGAUCAGACAGCCUGAGCAAACUCCAUUUUCGACAGCGACCGCGUGUGUUGAAGCCGAACAACCGCAAAGCGAUCCCACCACGGCAACUACACCGACAAAGCCCCUCGCUAAGCUUGAUAACGAAGAUGAAGAUCUUGAUUUUACAGCCAGAACUAAAAAGCGGGAGGAAAGUAAGAUUAUCAUCAAGAAGCAAGAAGCCGAAGGCCGACUAUACGGACGCGACGUGAGCGAAAUUUCCUUCACAGCGUUAGCGCUUGCGGUGAAAAAUGAGGAAAUCGAGAUAGUCCGUGAAAUCCUUUGCAACUCUGAUGUUGCGCGAGAAGACCCCACUCACCCUUGCUCUCCGUGGGCGUUAGCGGGUAGCAUUGAGAUUGUCAUCGAAGAAAACGAAGUGGUCGUCGACAACUGCAAUGUUGUCAGGGAGCUUCUGGCUAUGCGAGGCUUUGACCCUACGCAAACCGAGCGUUUACGCCAGAUUCUGGGCACGCGAAACAAUGCUGACGAUGAACAGGAUGGAACUGGCGAGGAGUCUCCGACAGGAGAUACAACAUCGCGGCAUCAUCGGCGCAACUACAGUAUUAAUGAACGUGGCGCUACUGCUAGUACACCUAAACAAGAAUUAGAACUCCACCGAGUAAAUCUGGACUUAAUACAGCCAUCCACUCGUCCUCCUGCUCCGGCUGUGGGGCAUAAUAGAUCGACGCCGAUGUCACUAAGAACUCCGAAUCAAGCAAAAGGCACAGCUCCGACACCGGCAGCAGACCACCUAAAUAGCCGUGCCGCUCCAGGUGCUGGGGGUGUGGUCAAGCCUUCAUCAAAUGACCUCGAGGCUACUGAUCGUCCCAAACAAGUAUCGUUUUCACCAAGAAGGGACUGGGACCACAAGACUGGUAAGGAACAAAAUCGAGACUGCCGAGAAGAAGGAGGAGACCAUUCAUCUUCCAAGAAAACUACACCUCCUUCACCACACGACAUAAUGGCCGAGGUGCAUCGUGAAAUCAUGGAAGAUUUUUGCAGUCGAAUCUCGAAACAACGGGCCUCUGUUGCUGUGAAAAAAGCGGAAGCAGAUUUGCAAAAUGCGACUACAGAAGUUGACCUUAGAGAGGCCAGUAGAACACCUGGAGGAGGAGAAGCAGCAAGUCCUUCUUUAAGAAAGUUUUGUCCUCCUAUGAUGCAGCACGUAGUGCAAAGCAUCCGAAGUGUAGACGGAGUCAAAAGCAAUAGUGAUCCAGCUGUUGUAACAGGAUCAGCAAAACAGCAGCACGAUGACCGCGCCGGAUUACAACAUCAGGGGAGCGCCAACGGAAGCGGCAGCACGACUGAAGGUGCAGCAUUUUGUCCUCAAAUGACCUCACUGCCACAGCACUCCCACUUGAGUCCAGCACUGAUUGUCGCUGGUGCGGAUAAAACAAAGGAGCUUCGCGAACCGAGCACAAAAAGUUGCACCAAUUCACCUUCCACGGAUCACGAAUUCAGCGUUAACACUCUACAAAACGGAGUACAGCCUUUGCUCGGUGGAGACGAUGAAGAUGCUGUCGUCCUCCAGCAAAAUGGAAAAGAAGUGGAAGAUCGUUCUGCACAGCCUAAUGCUCUUACUCCUGAACAAGUCAUAAUUCCAAGUACAACUACUUUAACCACUAGUAUCAUGAUGAAGUCAUCAUGUAACAACACCAACACUAGUCAAGGAGGACCGACACGCUCUCGAAGAAUUGUGGUGACCCUGGAGAGUGAAGAAUUGGUAACUACAUCAGCUUCGGAGAAUGGAGGGAAAGACCGAGUUCAAACCUCUCUUGUCUUGCACGCAAAUUCAAGUAUCCACGAGAUUGCUGUGUUUUUACUAGCCGUGUUGGCUCACUUUUUUCGAAUGUCUUUUGUCGUGGACGCUCACCAGCAAGAUCGAGUUAUGUCUUCGAUGAUGCGGCAGCACCACCAGGAGCAAGCUGCGACAUCAAACGACGCGGUUCCGGAUCCGAAAACCAACGAAGCAGGAGCCGAGCCGUCGAGAUGA